GAGGUGACAGAGUAGAUUAUCCUCCUCUCCUCUCCUCCUCUCUGCCAGCCUCAUCAUGUUCAUGCUGCAGAUGUUGACUGUUAUCUCUCUGACUGUUAUCCUCCUAGCUUCUGUGGAAGGUAAAGGUGUGCAGAUGCAAAGAGAUGUCCAGUGCUGCAUGUUGUACUCCCAGGGCAAGGUGCGUACCAAAGAUGUGUUGCGGUUUGAGGUGCAGACAGAGGGGCCGGACUGCAGUAUACAAGCCAUCAUUCUUUACACAAAGAAGGCAGUGAAAUGUGCAGACCCCAGGGACAGGAAGGUGAAGAGGUUGUUAAGAAAGCUCCUGCAGAGACAGAGAACCAAGGCCCACGGAACCAUGUGGCUUCUUCCUCGUGACAACUUGCCUGUCAUGUCAGAGGACAAGAAAGAUAACUGGGCUGUUCUCAAUGUGGAGUGAUGGAGCACAAUUAAAUAUGGAGGAAAACUCAUAGUCAUAAGCCAAGUUAACUUUCAGCAGCUUGUCAUCUUUAUGUGGCAAAGCUUUGCUGACUCUCCAAUCGUCUCGUGUGUCUCUCUCUAUCUACACUAUCUGUCUCCCUGGACCAGACCCGGGCAGCAAUACAUAUUUAAAUGGCUUUCGAUAUUUAAACAUGAACUGUGCUUGAAAUGUUCCCAAACACGUGGCUGAAACUGAGGAGUUUUUACUUGUAAGAUAAGCAGAAUUGGUUUUUUUUAAUGGCUCAUACUGUUAUUUGCCAGGAUCUGCCUGGAAGUGUCUCUCUCUACAACAAUAUUACUUCUCGCGGCUGAUGUACAAUCAGUGGGAAAGGUGUAAAAAAAACAACAACAAAUCAUCGAGUAGUGAUAUUUAUGUUGUAUAUCAGCAAGAUAAUCUAUGCUUAUUUGUGACUUGUAUACUUUUAGUAAUGUGUAAUGACACUGCAUACAAUGCAGACUUUGACCUGAUAUAUCUGACUGUUAGGUGAAAAGUGGGAUCAGAGUUGAGAGUUCACCUUUUCAAUGAGCAAAUGUUCCUGAUAUUUUGCCCACCUUGCAUAUUAACUGUUUCUAAACUGAGUAUGAAACUAAAAAAAAGAGGUCCUCAGGGAUCUACAUUUGUCAGGCAGUUAACAUUUGUCUUCUUCAUCAGUAGUCUGUCACCAAACUAUGCCAAAGUAUUCAUGAAUCAAAUCAUCAAAUGACAAGGCUGUUAAAUCCUAGAGGGCUCAAUUGUGUGAGAAACACAAAAGCAUUGUAGAAGAAUGCACUGUAUGUGAAUUUUAUAAAAUAACCUUC